AUGAUUGACAGCAUGCAUACCGUUCUUGCUGCGUAUGGAGUGUUCGAAGAUUUGGUCAACCUAGAGAGGGAUCCUCUUCCGGUGUUCUUCAACCGACCUCAGCGACACCGCAGUCAGAUGUUUCUACCUUCGCAGGAUUUGGAAAUGAUGCUCGCAGCCCUAAUAGCUGUCCCUGUCACUGUGAGCUUGGGCGAGUACUCGUUUCGCCUAUGCAAGGACAGUGGAGCUAACAACAGCAUGAAAUGCAGCAUUUGGGCUUUGUCAGUUACACUUUCGCAGCGGCCGAGUAUCCUGGUUGACAGUUUCACCUAUCUAGACACAUCUAUCCAGCUCUAUUGCUUGAAGGAAACCUUUGAAAUUCUGACUCAAAAAACUGGCAUAUACGGCGUGCUCGUCUCAAGCUGUGCUUCAGACUGGAUCAUCACAGUCGCAACUUCAGUUUUACUAUGGAGAGAGCAUUCUUCGUUCAAGAGAACGAACUCGCUCAUCAAUACGAUGAUCAUGUACAUCGUAACUACAGGUUUGUUUCCUAGCAUCUUUGUCCUGGUGACGGUGGCCGUGUACGCCGCCAUACCAGGAUUCUUCUUUGUCGGAAUGUACAUCGUUCUCAGCAAAUUGUAUCUCAAUUCUUUCCUCGCCACUUUGAACAGCAGGCAAAGCCUUAAUGAUCAAAGGCAGAACGAUCCUAUGUUCUUCCCGCCUCUAUCUACAAAUGCCCGGCGCUGUGGAGAAGCAUCACAACACAACGGAUUGAAAAGCACGAUCCGUGGGCAGGAUCUCAUGGUUCAAGUGGAUACUGAGAUGGAUAGGGUUGUCGACCCUGUUCCUAUGCGGCCCCAAGAAUGGAGGACCAUCGUGAAAGUGAUUUGA